UCCGGCGCUCUGCUGUGCGCCUGCGCUCUGCAGCCGCAGUGCCCUGCGGGCAGUCAGAGGAGCAUCGGCGCCGCGGGGGUGGUUUGCGCGGGAUCCGAGCUCCGGCCCGACGCUCGCGCCACGCUGGGACCGGUGUCCGCGCUCAACUACAAGGCCGCCCUUCUGCUCGCGAUGGGCUGCUCCAGCAGCGCCCUCAACCAGGCCGGCGACGGCGGCAGGCUCCGCAGCGAAGAAAGUGAGUCCUGCUUUGCCCAACCCAAACCACAUACGCUGGGAAAAGAAUCAUCUACUCUUCAUGGCAAGGUACAAAAGGAAAGUACUCCCCCAUUAGAGAAGCUCAAGGUUUCAGCAGUGUCUACAGCUAACGGUGUGAAAUCCCUCCGGGAACAGCCCCUGGCAAACGAUGCUGCAGACCCCCCAGGACCUACAGAAGACACCCAGCCUUUGGGGGGACCCAGGGAAUCUGGGCCACUUCAGCCAGGUGGCAAAGAUGAUACCCCCGGAGCAGGAGAAGAGAAGAACGACAUAGAAGCCAUGACAGAGGCUCAGUCUUUAAAAGGAAAUGUGGAGACCGAAUCUGUGGGACCAGACACCAAGUAUGAGCCGUUGUGGACCACAGGAGAGAGGGCCUGUCCCGGAGCAGUGGACGGUCCUGAGGCUCCACAGACUGCCAGAGAGAUGACCCCUGUGGGAACAGCUGAGAAAGUCCUUCCUCUGGAAGCAGCUAGGGAGCUACAACCUCAGGAAGCAACGGGAAAGGGUGAACAGACCCAACUCCCAGAAACAGCUCCCAAGGAGAAUGAACCUCCAGCGGGAUUGGAAGGAGGUCAGUUUGUGGAAACGGCAGAAGAGCGGCAACUUCAAGAAACGUUGGGAAAAGAUGAGCACUCCCAACUUCUAGAAGCAGUUCCCAAAGAGAGUGAAACACCAGAAGUAUUGGAAGAAAGUCAGUUUGUGGAAACAGCUGGAAACAAUGAUUUGCUCCAUAAAACUCCUGAAAGUCCGGGAAACAUGGAGCAGAUUCAACUGGAAGGAGUAGUUGGAAGCGUGGAGCAUCCGGCCGGAAUUCUAGAAACAGGAGCUAAUACGGAAAUGGUGAUUCACACUAAUGAAGAGGACCAACACGUUGAAGGUGAGACAGGAGAAAAAGUUGAAACAGAGAUGGAGAAUGAGAGAGUAAGUGAAGGGGCUGGAACAAAAGAAGAAGAAACAGGGGAAGCUGUGGACCUAUCAGCAGCCCAGUAGAUGGGUGUGGUAGCAGAAGGGUGAAUAGCUACAGUGUGUUGUGAUAAAGAGAAAACUAUAGUGAAGUUGUGGCUACAGAUCAUGUCUGUAAACAUCUAUGUGUUUUAUACAAAGAGUGUGGUUAUCGUGUUCCUGAUUACAUUGUUUCAUUAAACUGCUCAGCUGUAAAGAGUUUUCUCAGGCACUUGAAUAGUUACACAUUUAGAAGAACUACAGUAACCACAGCCAGUAACAGCUAGGGUAUCCGAUAACUGUAGAGUGUGAGGGUAUUUUCUUCCCUGUGGCAAUAGUUCCAUUCAGUUUAAAAAAUAACACCCCAAAAAGAAAGUAUAAGCCUUAGGUGUAGGUGGCUGGAGAAAGAAGGUAACAAAUUUUAGGAGCUCAUGAUAAUAAAGUUACACAGGAUUAUGAUGGGAUAAGAGUGAGCAACAUCUUCAGGGCAAACUAUAGCCAGUGGUUUCUUUUUUUUUCUAUUGCAGAAUUCAAAGCUGGUAGGAACCUUGGGAACUGUGUCAUCUAGUUACCUUCUCACCUUAAGUCUGUCCACUAUCAUAGACUCUUAUUUUCUAGUUAUUUAUCAUGUGUUAACAAAACCCUUGUCAGGGGCGCCUGGGUGGCUCAGUCU